AUGGAGUGAUCAAUUUGAUUCGAAGGAUACCUGUCUGAACAAAAUGUGCCAAAAAUUCUGACUAUUUGAGGGCAUACUUACUGUAAUACUUGCUUGGGUCACUUACAAAAGUGAGACAAAGUACUUUGACCUUUGUGUCACCAAGAAAUGUAUGUAACAUGUAUUGAUGAACUUCCUACUAAUUAUGCUCUUCUAGAGGCAAUUAGGGCAUUUGAUAAUCUAAAGACCCAGCUUGAGAUAUUUCAAAAAUAGCAAUCAUAGCUUCAAUGCUCCAGGGAUCAAGACUAAUGAACCUCUGCUAGACCAAGACCAAGGCAACCGACUAAAGUGGGCUGGAGACAAAGACCAGAGCAUGGAUGAUACCUUUGACUUUUCUGAAAGACUGGACACUCCUGAGCAAGAUCCAGAAGAACAGAAAUUUAUGGGAAAUGUAUGUUUUCCAAAAGAUAAACAAGACCAUAUUUUGCCUCCAUUAAGAGCUGAGGGAAAGAGAAAAUCCAGGCUUGCAGAGAUUUUGAAGUUACAAAUGAAGCUCAGAAAACAAGAAAGAAUAUGCAAAUUCUGAGACUUUGAAAAUGAAGAAGGAUAUGCCAGAUGCUUUAGAUGCCACAAGCCAAAGAGAAGGAUACAGGGAAACUCUGCAAACAGCUCAUCAAGCAUUAGCCGGCCAAGAGUAGCCAUUCCAUUAAUAAAAGGUUCAUAUCCUCCUGGAGAAGAUAUUAUCAGACUUAUCAAUCAUGACAAUCGGAUCUGGUACUGAAGAUCUUGAAACGUUGUUAAUAAGUUCAAGAAAAUUUGAAUUCUGUGCAAGGUUUCUAAGGAAGACAAGGAUUACAAGUUUCCUCAUUGCCCCAAUUGCAAGAAAAGUGUAUCGAGAUCAGCUUAUACAUGUGAGAGCUGUCACUCCAGUAUUAAUCAGACAUCAAUACGCAGAAUUUUGUUCUAGUUUAAAUGCUUAAAUCUUCUAAAUAAGAGAAGUUCAGCACGUCUAGCUACCAAUUAAAAU